AUGUCUUCACCGCCGCCCAACCCGUCUCUUCCGCUGCCGGUCACCUCGUCGCCUCCGGCGACCACCACGACCGUCGCCCCGCUCCUGCCCGUGCAGGGAUCCUCCGUCGCGCCCGCCCCCGCCGUCCUCACCCCGGAGGAGGUCUGCGCCGCCGUGGCUGCCGCCGCACCAGGCGGCCUCCUCCGUGCUCGCCGGGUCGCACCCGGGGUUGCGUUGCCCAUCGCCGCCACCGCGCCGUCGUGGCUGUCGUGGCUGCCGCCGCACCAAGCGGCCUCCACCGCGCUCGCCGGGUCGCACUCGGCUGCGCCGCCCAUCGCCGCCACCGCGCCGCCGUGGCUGCCGUGGCAGCCGCCGCACAAGGCGGAGGCCGCGCUCGCCGGGCCGCUGCAGCUGCCAUCCACCGCCACCAACGCCCCGCCCUGGCUGCAGUGGCAACCGCCGCUCCUGGCGGCCUCCGCCACGACCGCUGCAGCUGCAGCAGCCACCGCCCGUCAGCUCCGGCCGCGCAUCGACCGCGCCGGCGGUUCUCUUCGGUUGGUAUAA